AUGUCGAAAAGCAAUUCAACCAAGGUGGCAUUAGUUUGUUUGAAAACGUCCUAGAACAUUACAAAUCAGUCAUUGCUUCAAGUUUUUGGGAAGCAUGGUAAAAUCACAAAGAUUUUAAUCUUCGAGCAAGGUCCAAUGCAGACAAAGGUGUUUAUUGAAUACGAGGACCCCGAUUAAGCCUAAGAUGCUAUCAACUGUUUAAACAACACUAAAGUUAUGAAUAAUAUCAUUUGCAAUGUUUAUCCUUCGAGGUUAAGAGAACUGAAAUUGGACAACGUGCCAAACACAAAAGGAAUGGAUUUGACUUAGAAGUUACCUUUCAGCAUGCCAUCAUUGUGGGACUUGAAUGUGAAUGAGGACGAGUCUGCAUCGCAAGUAUCAGAAGAGAAACUUGUUGAUAUUAGAAAGAGACUGAGUCUGAUCGACGAAGAGAUAAGCCGGACUAUUGAGAGCAAAUUAGAUAAUGCCUUAAUAAAGCUGUAUCAGCAGACAAAGUGUCUAAGAGUUCUGAUGGGAGAGUAUCAGCUAGAGGAGAUCCUGCACAAGACUAGCAAAUAUGGCAAAAUAGUACAGCUCCUGCCACUCCAUAAUUUAGGUUUACCUGAAGCAGGCAUAAUAGGAAGUGUACGUGAAGUAUGA